AAAAGGGGUCCCGCCAGCGGAGGCGGGCGCGUAAUAUCGCACCUGCUGGCGGCAGCUUGCCGAAGCAGACGACGUGCCAGCCCAAGGGGUGCCAGCUUGUUGGGCAUCUUCGCCAGGCGUGUCGCCCCGCUUGCGGCCCCGGGGCCCUCGAGGAUCGAGCCUGCUCGAGAAAUAAGGGGGAGAACGCACGCAGAAAACACGCAGUGAACAUCAGCUGGUGGCGCUCCGCGCGGAUGUCUUGGAUCCGCGCUGGGCCCCCCCCCUCCCCGGCGGCGCCUCUUCCCCAGGCGUUUCGCCUCGCUUGCUUGGCAGCGUCCCCCGGCCCGUGGCUCUACCUGGACAGCGUCGGGCAGGAGCUACGGGCCGGUGCCUGGAUGCACCAUGCACGAGUGGCUGCUCCUGGGGCGCUUCCCCGUGGGGAGCGAGCUGCGCGUUCGCCUGCUGGAGCUGGGACUGUCACCUGCCGCUGCGCCAGCUGUACCCGGACCUCGGCGCGGCCUUCCUGCUGCCGCCGGCGUGGCCCGACGUCUACGGCGAGGGCCCGGAGGUGGUCGGCGCCGCGCCCGCCUCGCUCGCGCCGGCGGCGGCUUCGGCGUGCGCGGCCCAGCCGGCGCAGGACCCGAGGCGGCGCGCCGCCGGGCGAUCUUGCCGAAGCCGCCCCCACAGCCCUCGUACUCGCGGCUGCAGGAGCUGUUCUCGCAGCCGCAGGAAGGGCCGCCGGCCUGGGAGCAGUGAGCGGCUGCCGCGGGCACGCGGCCGCCGCGGCGGAGGGCGGCCGCUUCCGAGGGCGCGAGAUCCCUGGCGCACGGGCAAGCCGAGCCUUGGGCUCUGCGCCCCCCCUCCCACACCCUACGCGUCCGAUGCCCCCAGGAUCUCAUACGAUAUUCGGAGGAGCGGAGGAGG